AUGACGGCUGAGAGUCGGCCGCCGCCGCCGCCGCCUCAGACAGAGGUGCUGGCGGCCGUGAAGGAGGAGCGCAGUGAGGCGGCGACCGGGGUCCCAACUGAGGCCACGGGUCGCGGCACCGGUGGGCGUCGGCGGAAGCGCCCCCUGCAGCGCGGAAAGCCACCCUACAGCUACAUUGCGCUCAUUGCCAUGGCCAUUGCGCACGCGCCUGAGCGCCGCCUCACUCUAGGCGGCAUCUACAAGUUCAUUACGGAGCGUUUCCCCUUCUACCGCGACAACCCCAAAAAGUGGCAGAACAGCAUCCGCCACAACCUGACGCUCAACGACUGCUUCCUCAAGAUCCCGCGCGAGGCUGGCCGUCCAGGCAAGGGCAACUACUGGGCGCUCGACCCCAACGCCGAGGACAUGUUCGAGAGCGGCAGCUUCCUGCGCCGCCGCAAGCGCUUCAAGCGCUCGGACCUCUCCACUUACCCAGCCUACAUGCACGACGCGGCGGCCGCCGCCGCCGCUGCCGCCGCCGCCGCCGCUGCCGCCAUCUUCCCGGGAGCAGUGCCCGCUGCGCGCCCGUCUUACCCCGGCGCCGUCUACGCAGGCUAUGCCCCGCCGACGCUUACCGCGCCGCCCCCUGUCUACUACCCCGCUGCGUCGCCAGGACCGUGCCGCGUCUUCGGCCUGGUGCCUGAACGGCCACUCAGUCCAGAACUGGGCCCCGCGUCGUCGGGGCCCGCGGGUUCCUGCGCCUUUGCCUCGGCCAGCGCGUCUGCAGCCACCACCGGCUACCAGCCUGCAGGCUGCGCGGGGGCCCGACCUACCAACCCCUCUGCCUACGCGGCCGCCUACGCAGGCCCCGAUGGCGCGUACCCGCAGGGCGCAGGCAGUGCCCUCUUCGCAGCGGCUGGCCGGCUGGCGGGGCCCGCCUCGCCCCCCGCGGGUGGCAGCAGUGGUGGCGUUGAGACCGCAGUGGACUUCUAUGGGCGCACAUCGCCCGGCCAGUUUGGAGCGCUGGGGCCUUGCUACAAUCCUGGGGGGCAGCUCGGAGCCGGCAGUGGAGGCGCCUAUCAUGCUCGCCAUGCGACUGCCUAUCCUGGCGGGGUGGAUCGAUAUGUGUCCGCCAUGUGA